AUGGCAGAAACCAGUACUAGCAGUAGCAACAGUUUCUUCAAUAACACCAAUGGGGGCUCACCAAUUUCCUACAUAGCCCAAGACCACCUCUUUACAAUCUUGUUGCUUCUUCCUGUAGAUUCAAUUCUUUGCUUUGCCAUGGCCUGCAAGAAGUUUAGAGCUUUGACAGCCUCUGACACUCUGUGGGAGUCCAUAUGCAGAAGGGACUGGGGUCCCAAAUCAGUUGAGGCCCUCAAGGCUUCAAAUUUUCAUCAUCAGCUGCCUUGGAUGAGGCUCUACAAGCAAGUCUCUCGCCUGGACUCUGUUUAUUGCCAUAAAUUGUCUAACCCAGAUGGGGAAUUGGUGUUUCCAAGUCCCAGGGCCUCUCAUUCUCUCAAUUUUGUGUCUGAUUGCUUGGUUUUGUUUGGUGGUGGCAGUGAGGGAGGACGCCAUCUAGAUGACACAUGGGUGGCAUACGUUGGUAAUGAUUUUCGGAGAAUGUUGAAGUGGCAGAAGAUCAAUUCAGGCAUUCCAAGUGGCAGAUUUGGGCAUUCAUGUGUUGUUAUUGAUGAUUUUCUUGUUCUAUUUGGAGGAAUAAAUGACAAUGGAAACCGUCACAAUGAUACAUGGGUUGGGAAAGUAGCAUGCCAUGAGACCCUUGGUAUCACACUGUCAUGGAGGCUGCUUGUCGUGGGGCCCGAUGCACCUUCGCAGCGAGGGGCUCAUGCUGCAUGCUGCAUUGAUGGCAGAAAGAUGGUUAUCCAUGGAGGAAUUGGGCUGCAUGGCGUCAGGUUGGGUGAUACAUGGGUGUUGGAACUCUCCGAAAACUUUCGAUUUGGAACUUGGUAUGAAAUCGUGGCUCAUCCAUGUCCGCCAGCUCGCUCAGGACACACAUUGACUUGCAUUGGGGGAACCCGAACUGUUUUAUUUGGAGGGAGAGGAUUGGGCUAUGAUGUGCUUCAUGAUGUCUGGUUCUUGGAUAUUCAUGAUGGUCAACCUAAAUGGGUACAAAUACUCUAUGAAUUACAAAAUGUUCCUGGAGGAGUUUCCCUCCCUAGAGUUGGUCACUCAGCUACUCUCAUCUUAGGAGGUCAUUUGCUGAUUUGUGGAGGAGAGGAUUCGUACAGACACCGGAAGAAUGACUUCUGGGUUUUAGACAUAAGUGCAGUUCCAUCCAUUACAAUGCAGCCGACUACACUCAACUCUGUGCAGUUAUUGGCAAAAAUGUGGAAAAGGUUGAAGGGAAAUGGUUACAAACCCAAAUGCCGGUCAUUCCAUCGUGCCUGCACAGAUAAUUCCGGGCGUUACUUGUUUGUGUUUGGUGGAAUGGUGGAUGGCGUACUUCAGCCUGCUGACCCUGCCGGGCUGAGGUUUGAUGGAGAGCUCGUCCUUGUGGAGCUUGUGCUCCAGCUGUAA